AUGAAAUAAUAGAAUUUGUUUACUUGUUAAGAUAUUGCACAUGAAGGAGAAGUUAUAUAAGGAUUUUGUUUAAAUUUGGGAUGCUAAGAUUCAAGAUCUUAGUUUUGUCUUUAAUGUGGAUUUGAUUCUAAGAAACAUACUAAUUGCAAAAAAGAUCUAAAAGGAUUUGGUUAAAUUUAAAGUUUUAUCACUAAAUUCAAUUAGUAUAUACUUGAUUUGACUAUCUAAUUAAAUAAAUCAUAUUCAUAAGUUAAAAUAAAAUAUGAAGAAUUCACAAAAUAAUUGGAUAAUAUGAAAAUAUAAUUACUUAAGUUAUCUGAAAGUUUAAGUUAAUAAGAUUAUAAAUAAGUCAAAGAUAAUUUGUAAAUGAUUAAGGAAUGGUAUCAAUAUUCAAACAAUCAAGAGGAGAUCAUGAAGUAGAAUUAAAUUGGUAUUUUUCUAUUAGUAAUAUUUAUAGGAACUUAAUUAUUUAGUAUAAAAAGUAUGAUACAAACUUUGGAUUUGGACAGCAAAUAAUAAUAAUAAUAAAUUAAAGGUGUUAAUCAAGAUAAUGAAAUAACACUUGAAUAAGGUAUUCAAUUUAUUUAAAAUUUAAUUAGGAAUAGAAUUAAAUUAAUUAAAUCAAAUUUAAUAAUAUUAAAUUAAAAAAAAUGGUAAGAGGCUAAUGAAAAUAUAAAUUAAUACUUAAAAUUAUUAGAGAAACAUUAAACAAUUGCCACAUUUUUUAAAGGUAAUUACAAAUUAUUUAUAAUAUUAAGGUAUUUCUUUAAUUGAAAUGAAUCAACCUGGAAAAGGAAUUAUAAAAAUAAAAUAAGCCAAAAAGAUUAAUAGUAACUUAUAUAGAGAUUUAUUGGAUUAUUCAGAUUUAGAACUUAAGUAAAAUCCAAAUAAUAAAUUUAUUUUAAUUGCAAAAAGUUCAUAUAUUCAAUUAUUUCUAUAGGUUAUGCGUUAGAUGAAGAAAAGAAAUAUCAAUUAGCUAUUGAAGAAUGCGAAAAGGUUUUGAUAGAAGAACCUUUAUUUCUCCAUGCAUUGUAUAGAAAAAGUACUCAUUUCUUUUUUAAAUAGGCUUUUCGUUAUCAAAUUUGAAUGAACAUUCACAAGCACUUUUAUGCAUUGAUAAAGCUUUAAAUUAUGAUUCAAAGUAUAUUGUUGGAUAUUGCACAAAGGGUAAUUUAUUAGUUUAUGAUUGUAAUAGGUUAUUCAUUAAAUGAUCUUGGAAAAUAUAAUAAAGCAUUAGUUUGUUAUGAUAAGGCAAUCGAACUGGAUCCUAAUGAUGCAAUUGCUUAUAAUAAUAAGGGUUAAUAAUUAUGUUAUUGUAGUAGGUAGUUCAUUAAAUGAUCUUGGAAAAUAUGAUGAAGCAUUAGUCUGUUUUGAUAAGGCAAUCGAUCUGGAUCCUAAUUAUGCAACUGCUUAUAAUAAUAAGGGUUAUGAAUUAUGUUAUUUUAAUAGGUUAUUCAUUACGUAAUCUUCAAAAAUAUAAUGAAGCAAUAGUUUGUUAUGAUAAGGCAAUCGAACUGGAUCCUAAUGAUGCAAAUACUUAUAAUAAUAAGGGUUAAUAAUUAUGUUAUUGUAAUAGGUUACUCAUUAAAUAAUCUUCAAAAAUAUAAUGAAGCACUAGUUUGUUACGAUAAGGCGAUCGAAUUGGAUCCGAAUUUUACAAUUGCUUAUGAUAAUAAGGGUUAAUAAUUAUGUUAUUUUAAUAGGUGCUUUACUAUAAAUCCUAACUAAAGUAUCUUAUAUAAAGAAGUAUUAAUAAGCCAUAGAGAAUUAUGAACAAGAACUUUUGUAUUACAAACAAGACCAAAAUAAAUAUAAAAAUUUAAAUAUGUAAUUAAGAAAUAAGAAAUGA